AUGGCCAAGACCCCUAGUGACCAUCUGCUGUUCACUCUGGAGGAGCUGGUACCCUAUGACUUUGAGAAGUUCAAGUUCAAGCUGCAGAACACCACUGUGGAGAAGGAGCACUCCCGGAUUCCCCGGGGCCAGCUCCAGGUAGCCAGGCCGGUGAAGGUGGCCAAUAUGCUGAUCACCCACUAUGGGGAGGAGUAUGCUGUGCGGUUGACCCUACAGGUCCUGCGGGCCAUCAACCAGCGCCUCUUGGCUGAGGAGCUCCACAAGGCAACUGCCCAGGAAUAUCCAACACAAGAAAGUGACACAGACAGUUCGGCAGUGUCUUGCUCCUCUGGGGAGAAUAAACUCAAGAGCAUGAAGAUUGCAGACUGCCCAGAAAGGAAUGGGUUACAGCCUGGUGGUGAUGGGACCAGCUUACUACCCAACCAGCCAGAGGCUGGGAUAGGACCCCAGAAGAAGCCUCAGGGCAGACGGAGGGACCAGAAGGCCUCCAAGGGCCUGGAUGAGCAGGGCAAACCACAGACCCAGAGCCCAGUUCCACUUUCCAGGAGAACCCUGUGCCCUGGCAAGUCAUGGGGGGACAGCCAGGCCAGCACCAGUCUCUGCAGAAAUGCCAGUUCUGCAGGGAGACUUCAAGGGCUCUCCAGUGGGGCCCUGGGAAGGAGAGAAUCCAAGAAAUUUGAAGUCUGUUUACCUUCAGGAAAGAAGCGUCCCAAAAGUCUCGAACUUACUGUUUCUGUAGGAGAGGGAGAACCCCCAAAUCCAGAAACUCUUCUGACUCAAGAGGAAAUAAGAACUGCAAAUCUAGGCAUAGCAGCCAUCCUCGAGACAGUGGCCACUCUGGAUGUAGGGACUAAUGCAGCUCUGGAGAAAGGCUCCAGGAAUCCAGAACAUCCCAUGGUCCUGGAGAGGGAACCACUCAGAAACCUACUUUCAAAUGCAUUGUUGGCUGGAGAAAAGGAAUCUACAGCACCUCAAGAGGAAAAUAGAAUUGAAGCUCCAGAGACCCCUGAGAUCUUGGGAGGUAUAGCAGACAGUGUGUCUCAGGAGUCUUCAAAUCCACAAGUGCCUGCGCCUUCAGGGAGGCCGCCAACUGUGAGUCCCCUUUGCCAGGCCCAGGAAGGAGACUCGGUUGGUGGUGCCUGCGAGCUUGAUUCCUGCAGUUGCCCUGUUGCUUCUGGAGAUCCCCAGCCCUCAGGCAACCACUUGGGCAGCUGUAACCAGUGCCAGGCCUUGCCUUCAAGGAAGAGCUCCGGAAGCCUAAGGCCCCAGUCCCUGCCACAGUGUAAGCGCCACAUGAAGCAGGCACAGCUGCUCUUCUGUGAGGAUCACAGGGAGCCCAUCUGCCUUAUCUGCAGUCUGAGUCAGGAGCACCGAGGCCACUGGGUACGCCCCAUUGAGGAGGCCGCCCUGGAAUACAAGGAGCAAAUUCAGAAGCAGCUGGAACAUCUGAAGGAACUGAGAAAAUCUGGGGAGGAGCAGAUAUCUCAGGGGGAGAAAACGACAGCAAACUUUCUGAAACAAACCGAAUACCAGAAGCAGCGGGUGCGGAGCCAGCUAGAGCAGCUGUGCCAGUUUCUGGAGCAGCAAGAGCAGCUCUUUGUGGCCUGGCUGGAGGAGCUGAACCAGACCAUUGGUCAGGUCAGGGAGACGUACACCACCCGUGUGUCCCGGGACAUCGCCUUGCUCAACAUGCUGAUUGGGGAGCUGGAGGCCAAGCGGUGCCAGUCGGAAUGGGAGCUUCUGCAGGACAUCAGAGAUAUCUUGUGCAGGGCCAAGAUGGUGCCUGCCCCUGAGCAGUGGGUCACUCCUCCACAGAUGAAAGAGAAGAUCCACCUGUUCUGCCAGAAAUCAGAGUUGGUGGAGAAGAGCAUGAAGAGCUUCUCAGAUAAACUGAGUACAGAAAUGAAAACGUUCAGUGUUCUGGAACUGACUGGCGUGCAGGCAUAUGCUGUUAAUGUGCUUCUGGAUGAAGAAACCGCCCACCCCAACCUCAUCUUCUCUGAUAAUCUGAAGAGUGUGAGACUUGGAAACAAAUGUGACCAGCUGCCUGAUGGCCCAGAGAGAUUUGAUAGCUGCAUCUUUACCCUGGGCUCUUCCAGCUUCCUCUCUGGCCGCCAUUAUUGGGAGGUGGAGGUUGGAGACAAGACAGGGUGGGUCCUGGGAGUCUGCAAGGCAUCCCUGAGCAGGAAGGGGAGCAUAACUCUGUCACCAGAGAAUGGCUACUGGGUGGUGAUGAUGAUGAAACGAAAUGAGUACCAGGCAACCACCUUUCCUCCGACCCGCCUGCAAAUAAGGGAACCCCCUAAGCGUGUGGGCAUCUUCCUGGAUUUCACAGCUAGAGGCAUUUCCUUUUACAAUGUGACAGCCAGAUCCCACAUCUAUACAUUCUCCCGUUUCUCUUCCUCUGGACCUCUUCAACCUAUCUUCAGCCCUGGGGUACAUGAUGGGGGAAAGAACAUGGGUCCUCUGACCAUCUGUCCAGUGGGUAGACAGGAGCCUCACUGA